UGUGUCUCUCUGCGGCAUUUCUCUGGCUGGCUACAGACGGCUCGUCUCUGACUCCCUCCCUCCUCCGUUCCCGCAAGACGGGGAAGGGCCGCCCGCCCCCCAGGUCCGCCCCUCUCCAGUGCUGCUCAAAUGCCGGCCCCGGCAGCGGGGCAGGGCUGGGGCCCCCUCGGCUAGCGGGCAGAGCGCCCGGCUCGCCGCGCAGCUCCCGGGCCAUGGAGCACGUGGGGCCGGGCCAGGAGGGGAACGCCGCGGAGCCCCUGCGCUGAUCAGAGAAAUGGGCCCCGGUCUGCAGUAUCCUCCUUUGGCUGGCAGAUUUGAGGAGGCAAUGGAUGCACAAGUGCCAUUCUUCCCCAGGCCUGUUUCCAAGCCACUCCCCUGUGCUCUGCGGCUUCUUGUGGAGUGAACUGCCUGUGCUGAUUCACACCUGCAGUGGAAAUGUUCCAGCCCCCGGACCUCUGAAUGGGAAGGUUCGUCGAGGCUUGUCCCUCUCCAGGGCAGCGGGGAACCACACCGCCUCCCUUAGUCCCUGCACUGGCCCCUGGGGAAUCAGUCGGGCCGCAGGAGUCCUGGCUCAAGCCGUCCGGCAGGGGCUGAGCAAACAGCAAGUUAUCAGCCACCUUGUCACCUUCCAUAGAGGAUAAGGCCAGCACUUCUAGGGAAAUCCCGGUGUGGGACUGGAAGAAUUGUCCACCAUCCAGAGCCCUUGUUGGAGUCAGGGGCUGAUCUCUGGUAAAUCUGUUACCAUGCCUGCUUUUCUGAACAAGGCUGAUUUGCUGUGGGACUUGAGGCCUGCUUUUCAGAGGUGGUAGCUGCACAACUCCUGUGAGCGGCAUCCCAUUUUGGUGUGCCAUGGGUGCAGCAUGGGAGGGUUCUACCUCUUCGUUUUUUCUAUUCUGACUAAAUCAGUCUAAACACUCAGGGCCAGCUUGUGAACCCCUUCCGCACAAAGCGGUUCCCCGAUGACAACGUCACUCAUGAAAGAAGAAACAACAAAUAUAAAGUCUCCGUGUGCGAAAGAGAACAGUGAUUCACUAAUACUCUGCACCUGAAGUGAAAUACAAACGAUCAACGGUCUCACAGCUGCCAUUGCAAGCAGGUACAAUUCAAUAUGAAUGAGAGAGUGGAUUCCAAUUCUUCACUCAGUUGGCCUCACAUGCAGAGUUUCAAUGGCACAUACAAGUAUCCAUACCCAGACCACAACAUUUCCUAUGUGGACUUCUACCUUCAUCAGCCACUAGUGGCAGCCAUCUUCAUCGUCUCCUACCUCCUCAUCUUCCUCCUGUGUAUGCUUGGCAAUGGAGUGGUUUGCUUCAUUGUUCUGAGGAGCAAGCACAUGCGCACAGUCACAAACCUCUUCAUCUUGAAUCUGGCUGUCAGUGACUUACUGGUGGGGAUAUUCUGCAUGCCCACCACUCUCCUGGAUAACAUCAUAGCAGGAUGGCCCUUUGGGAGCAUGGUCUGCAAAAUGAGUGGGAUGGUCCAGGGAAUCUCCGUCUCAGCCUCCGUUUUCACUUUGGUUGCAAUUGCAGUUGACAGGUUCCGAUGCAUUGUUUACCCAUUUAAGCAGAAGCUCACCAUAUCAACUGCGGUUGUCAUUCUAGCAGUCAUCUGGGUUCUGGCUAUCGCCAUCAUGUGUCCGUCUGCAGUCAUGUUGCAGGUACAAGAGGAAAAGUAUUUCAGGGUGAUCCUUGGCUAUAGCAAUCAAACCAGCCCUAUAUACUGGUGCCGGGAGGACUGGCCCAAUCAGGAAAUGAGAAAGAUCUAUACAACGGUGCUGUUUACCAACAUCUACCUGGCCCCCCUUUCACUCAUCGUCAUUAUGUAUGCUAGGAUAGGGAUCGCGCUCUUCAACAAAGCAGCACCUGUAGGGGGAAAACAGAGCCAGGAGCAGCGCCACUCCGUGUCCAAGAAGAAGCAGAAGGUGAUCAAAAUGCUCAUCAUUGUGGCUUCACUUUUCAUCCUCUCCUGGCUCCCCUUGUGGACUUUGAUGAUGCUCUCAGACUAUGCCAAUCUGACGGCGGUCCAGCUGCAGAUCAUCAACAUUUACAUCUACCCCUUCGCUCACUGGCUGGCCUUUUUCAACAGCAGCAUCAACCCGAUCAUCUAUGGCUUCUUCAACGAGAACUUUCGCCGAGGCUUCCAGGCAGCCUUUAAGCUUCAGCUCUGCUCCGGGGAAAUGAUGCGCAGGGAGUUCUACUCCCAGAGGGGCCAAAGCAAUGCCAUAUUACCGGCAACCACCCACCAGCUGCUGGAGGACCAACCUUCUCAAAAUGCCAAGGAUGAGGAGAAACCAAUUCAGAGAGGGAACUGGAUGAACAACCAGCAGGACUUGAUGAUGGAAGACCUAGAAAAGGCAACCAACAACAACGGAGUAAAAUGAAAUUUGCUAUGAACUGGUUUAUUCCUUGGCAGAGUCUGAUGUGGUGUGAGGUUCACACGAUUUAAGCCCUCGCUGGCAAAAACAAAACAAAACACAUCUUAAGAUGUUACUAUUGUAAAGUAUGUAUAACUUGUAGAAUAGCUGGUUGCUUGGACUAGAUAUGAGGCCUAAUUCUGCCCCCCUUUAUACCAGUGUAAAUCAGGAACAACUCCAUUGAAGUCAGUGGCAUUACACAGACAUAAACAUGGUAUAAGUGAGAGCAGAAUGAAGACCACUGAUUUAAAUGGAGAUGCUCCUGAUUUACAUUUGGUGUACUGGGGAGCAGAAUCAGGCCUGUAUUGGUUUAGUUUUACACUGUUCUCAGAAUAGGUGAAACAGGGUUGCAUAAAGUUUUGUUAGAGAAAUGUUACAGCAUGUAAUGCUAUUGCUAUUAAUCCAUACAACAGUUUUGUCAGAGUAGAAUCUGAAGAGGUUAUUGAUUUAUUUAAUAUCCACUUAGAUGUUGGGGUUUGGCCUGGGUGCGAAUCAUGGAAUGAUUCUGCUGGAACAUUUUCAUUAUUUUUUCAUUAGCCAAUUUUGGACACAAUCAAAAUUUUAUUUUGCAGAUUAGGAUGGUGGUUUAUGAGACUAAUGAAAAAUCCUCCACUUUUAAUUGAACAGUGUCCAUUUUACAAAGUCAGGAUAAUCCAACAAACCCUCAUUUUUACAAGUUAGCUGUUACAUUCACUUCAUUUAUUAAUAGCCCCUCCCAGUAUCACUGUUUUAUAUUUAUUGCUCAAGCAUAAUAGCGGGUUCCUGAAAUCAUUCAUUCUGCUAUGUUACCAUUACCAUUAAUUCAAAUGUUAGAGAUUUGCUUAAUAGACCAGCAUUAAUGUUUUAAUCCUCUGAAUAUAGAAUAUUGUGCCACCCAGCUUCCAGGCAAAUGUAUAAUUUGUAUUCACAGUGCUUCUGGCCUGGAGAUAUUGUAUGCUGACUGGUUUUUUUUAAUAUAUCUGCCUGUUUGAACUGGUGUGAGGUGUGCAGCUUCUAUGGCUUCUUAUUUGUUCCCCUUUCUGGCUGAUUCUUUAGUUAAUUUUGUGAUUGAACUGUCAUUCAGUUUAUCUGUCUCUCAGUUUGAGAAAUAAAAAGGAUUAAGGAUGUGAGAAAUAAAAGAAAAGCUGCUUUUAUGCUGCAGUUUUGGUGGGUUCUCAGAAUCUUGUUCUUAUAUUUUUUCAAAUCUUUGAUAAAGAAAUAUCUUGCCAAAA